GGUGAGUUCGCACUUGAUGUAGAGAAGGAUCCUGUUGUGCGUACUUCUGACAGGAGUACGGUUCCAUCGAUCGGAUAUACGGCUCCACCAUAAUGAACGAAGAUCCUUACAAACCGCCCCCCUCUAGACAGAGCGAGGAACCAGUAAUGAUGACAAAUGAUGAUGCAACUUCGUGUAAGAGGGCGGCUGUCGAUAGAGGAUAUUGGUCAGAUCCAUAUGUCCAGCAUUUCAUCAAGAGUUGCGACCGGAAGCCUCCUGAGAUCAAUCGAGGUUAUUUUGCCCGAGUUCAGGCUAUCAAGCUUCUCGUAGACAAAUUCCUAGAGAUCUCAAGCAGCCAGGCCCAAAUCGUCAAUUUGGGCGCCGGAUUCGACACCUUGUUCUGGAGACUUCAGGACGACAAUCGUCCCCUGAAGGCCUACGUCGAAGUCGAUUACCCGGCGGUGACCAUGAGAAAAGUUCAUUACAUACGUCUCCGUCGACAACUGCUUGAGAAAAUCGCACAAGGCGAAGAUGAUGAUAUUCGCCUUUCGAAGUGUGACAUACACUCAUCGAAAUAUCACCUGAUCGGAGUCGAUCUGAAAGAUAUGAAUGCUCUGUCUAAUAAACUGUCACAGGAUUGUCGACUGGAUCCCCAGCUCCCCACACUCUUCAUAUCUGAGUGUGUCCUAGUGUAUAUGGCCACCGAUCAUUGUGAAGCUCUACUGAAAUACAUAACUGACACUUUCAAGAAGGCCGUCUUACUCAAUUACGACCCAGUCAACAUGAACGACAAGUUCGCAGAAAUCAUGUUGGAGAAUCUUAAACAUCGCGACUGCCACUUCUUGGGCCUGGAGGCGUCACAAAACCUCGAGACGCAAGAAACUCGACUAUACCGGUGCGGCUUCAGCAACGUCCGGUCUUGGCUGAUGCUGCAGGUGUACCAGUCGCUCCCUCAGUCCGAGUUGAAACGCAUUGAAUCUAUCGAGUUUAUGGACGAGCACGAGCUCCUCCAACAGCUACUGAACCACUAUUGCAUAACCGUUGCGGACAAUUGUGAGACAUCCCUCGGAUUCGGAGAAAUUCGCCUCCAUCCGGUUUCGACCGUCGCAGUGUGAGAGACCCAAGUGUCCAAGUUCAGGGUUUGGAAGAGGCGUGGAAUACGCCUCCCCUGUUGAGAAGAGCGAAUGCGAUGAGCAAAGUUGCAAGCGUGUCAUUGAGCGAGCUAGAAGAGCUUGGAGUUCCUCGAAGACGCUCUCUUCCCCGGAACCUCGGCCUACCAGUGAGUGCGACGAGACGCUACGGGGGUUCUAUGCGCUGCUCAACGCUGUCUUGGAAUCCAACGCAAGACUCUGGCUGCUGCUGUUUUUUCCUUUCCUCCCCCACGGACGAGCUGCCAGAUUCGAACAUUUCAACAUUCUGUAAAUAUUUUCACCCCUCACAGCUCUGUGAGACGAAUCGGGUCUCGAUUAAAACUCAUUUUGUCGCCACGUGCUUGAUCGCC